CAGUCUUCAGACUCUCUUUGUGUGAUAAGCUCCUCAGGCUGGAGGAUCAGCUGGGAAACACAUGAGGGUCACAUGGUGGUUCAGUAAGAGAUGAUUUUCAGGAGAAUAACAGAAUCUGCUUCAUCUACGAGCCAAUAUAAAUACAUAAAUACGCUGUGACGCAGCGCGGCGAGAAGAGCCGGAGGAGCCGAUUCGUUACUCCGACGGAAAAAGCCGAACUUGAACGGAUGUGUUCACGAAGGAGACGGCCUCGCAACAACCUUUACAGACAACAGCGCACUUCCUGCUCCAGCCCUCCUCCUCGUUCUCCUCAGUGGUUCAUCCAGGACUGAAAGGAAAACGAGCAGCCAUGUCGUACGGAAAGGCAGACUAUCGUUCUCCGCCGCGGGACUUCAGCAGUCUCAUUCAGACGUGUAGCUCUAACAUCCAGAAGAUCACGCAGAACACUGCUCAGAUUAAAAGUAUGGUGAACCAGCUGGGGACCAAACAAGACACCAGUGAACUGCAGGAUAAACUACAGCAGAUGCAGCACUACACUAAUCAGCUGGCCAAAGAGACCAACAAACUUCUGAAAGAUCUGGGUGCUCUUCCUCUGCCUCAUUCUCCCUCUGAGCAGAGACAGCAGAAGAUCCAGAAAGACCGUCUGAUGAACGAUUUCUCUGCUGCUCUGAACAACUUCCAGGCGGUCCAGCGUCGCGCGGCAGAGAAAGAAAAGGAGUCCGUCGCCCGAGCGAGAGCUGGCUCUCGUCUCUCUGUUGAAGAUGGAGGUCGUGAAGAGCAGCUCGUCUCGUUCGAUAAUGAUGGUUUUGGUCAGACUCUGACUCAGACAGAUGAAGCAGCGAUAACGGAGGAGGAUUUGGAGCUGAUUAAAGAGAGAGAGACCAACAUUCGGCAACUGGAGUCAGACAUCAUGGAUGUAAACCAGAUAUUUAAGGAUCUUGCGGUGAUGAUCCACGAUCAGGGGGAGAUGAUCGACAGUAUCGAGGCCAAUGUGGAGAGCGCAGAGGUGCAUGUGGAGAGAGGAACCGAGCAGCUCCAGAGAGCAGCGUAUUAUCAGCAAAAGUCCCGUAAGAAGAUGUGCAUCCUGGCCUUGGUGCUCUCCAUAGCGAUCACUGUCCUUGGCAUCAUCAUCUGGCAGGCCUCCAAAUGAGGAAAACCUUCUGUUCUUUUUUUCUUUUUGCUUUUCAUGUCUUUAUUUAUUUGUUCCCUCCCCACACUGAGGCACGUACUGAGGGGUUAAAGGUGUCAGUGCUUCCUUCCUGUAAGUGUUCACAGACAGACUGAGGAGCGCUAACGACUUGGAUACAAACGCGGAUUUCUGACAUUCCCAUAGAAACUCUGGUUGCUUCCCUCUCUCUGCGUUAAAGUCAGGAAGAAGAUGACGCUGGAGUGUUAAGGGAUUUGCUUUCAGACAGUAAAAUGAUUUAAUUAAUUAUUCUGUUUUGUUUUCUUUCCCGUUGUAUUUACUGCACUAACACUAAUGUCAGUAUCAGGAAAAUGAUUUUUUAAGGAUUGCUUUGAAGUUGAAAUCUGUCGCCAUGGAGACAAGAAAAACGUUUCUUCCCAUUCUAAAGCUCUUUUGACUUUGAAAUUUUCAGUGUUGUAAAAUGUGUACUUCAUUUCAGAACUAGUAACACUCCUAAAAGAUGGACUCCAAUAUUAAGAUGAGCUGCAAAAACGAAACAUAAGUCGUUUUUUCCUCUUUGAGUGUGAAAGUGUGUCAGCAGUGUUGAUGUACAGCGGUGGUGUCGGCGGUGAUGACGACUGAAACAGAGUUCCUUGGUUCUGUUUCUUUACUGUUUAUCCUGUAAACUCUUCUAUAUUGUGAUCAAGGCUGUAAAUGUGCGUAAAAGCUCUGCAGGUAUAAAUGAUACAGAUCUGUUUAUUAACUGUACACAGAUAAAGAAACAUAAAAACGCACCCUCACUUUUAAAAUAA